GGCGCGCGAAAACAGCGCCGCCACCUGCGGAAGGUACCGGCACUGAACUUCCGGCGGCGGUCUAGUCCCUCCAGGCACUUCCGUCUCAGGAAGCCAGGCACUUCCUUCUCGUCUCUCCCGUGGCCACGACAGCGGUAUGGCGGGCUCCAAAUUGCGCGCGGAGCUUGAGCAGCGGCUCGGCGCACUCGCCAUCCGCACCGAGGUCGUGGAGCACCCGGAGGUGUUUACAGUUGAAGAAAUGAUGCCUCAUAUCCAACAUUUGAAAGGAGCACAUAGUAAGAACUUAUUUCUUAAAGACAAGAAGAAAAAAGGCUAUUGGUUGGUGACAGUUCUUCAUGAUAGACAAAUUAAUUUAAAUGAGCUUGCCAAGCAGUUAGGUGUUGGCAGUGGAAAUCUGCGGUUUGCUGAUGAAACAGCCAUGCUAGAAAAACUAAAAGUUGGCCAAGGCUGUGCCACACCUUUGGCACUCUUCUGUGAUGAUGGAGAUGUGAAAUUUGUUCUGGAUUCUGCUUUUUUGCAAGGUGGACAUGAAAAGGUGUACUUUCAUCCAAUGACCAAUACUGCAACUAUGGGAUUGAGCCCUGAAGACUUCCUUACAUUUGUGAAGAAGACAGGACAUGACCCCAUAAUACUAAACUUUGAUAAAAACAACUAAUUGGGAUAUUUAGAAUACAUUUAUUUCUGAAAGCUGUUUUUCUUACUUGUAAUUUGUAAAAAGCAUUUAAAAUAAGAAUAUUUAGCACCUUGAUUUGGUGAUUACCUGAAUCAUUUUAGGAGGAAUAUUUCAUCUUAAGCUGUUUUUAAAAAGAUGUAUUAAGGUAGCAUUAGCUCAGAUCCUACCUUCCAUGACUCAUUACAGGAAUGCUUUCAGAAAUUAAGAAUAAGUUAACAUCAAAACUAAGUUUAGUCAGGGGCUGCCAGAUGGCUCAGUGGGUUAAGCGCAAAGUCUUAACAAGGUUGCCAGUUCAAUUCCCAUAUGGGAUGGUUGGCUGCGCCCCCUGUAACUAAGAUGGAAAAUGGCGCCUGGACUUGGAGCUGAGCUGCGCCCUCCACAAUUAGAUUGAAGGACGACUUGGAGCUGACGGGCCCUGGAGAAACAUCCUGUUCCCCAAUAUUCCCCAAUAAAAGCAAAACAAAACAAAAACUAAGGUUAGUUUACCAAGAUUAACUAUCUUACAUCUUCAUUAGGGUGUUAUUGUACUUGAAAAAAACAAGUGGCAAAACAGCAUAUAUAUAAUCAUGCAUUUGACAGUGUACAUAUAGGGAAAAAAUCAAAAGGAACAUAUUAAAUUGUUGAUAGUAGUUAUCUUUGGGAAAUGAGGAUUAGAUGAAUAACUCCCCAGCAAGAAAAUUAAAUAUUGGGCAAGGGCUAAAACUUUACAUUUCUGGGUGUUUGUUUUUAAGCUGUUGAUUUUUUUUCCAGUGAAAAUAUAAGCUAAUUAACUUUUUAUAAAGUUUUAUUCUUAGAUAAUUUUAAUUUAGAAAAACUCAAAGUAGGGAUGGAAAAUGUAAUCAUUAUACUAAUGAAAUUACAUUUUAAAACUCAGUAAUACACAGGCCAUUAAGGAUUGGUUUAGAAAUGUGAACAUGAAUAAGUUAUGUAUUAAAUUUUACUCAUCCCCUUUCAUUUAUGGCACAUGAGAAAUAUAAGAUCCCAAGAUUAUGUAUUGUCAGUUGUCACAUAGAAGCUAGUUCAAAAAUAGAGAAAAAUGGACAUUUUUUUCACUUCACUUAAAUUCAAACAAAACCCUUCAUCAGUUGAGGGCCUGGUGCAGACAAGACUACAAAAAUAGCCUAUAGGUCUUGUCAUGAAAAUUGUCAUGUUUUCCUCUAGUAUAAUCAAAUGGGAGUCAUAAGAUAACCAUAUUUUCCUAAGUUUGAUCAGUCAAAAACUAAUUCCCAUCUAGUAGAGAUACUGUACUUAAUUUAUACCAAUUUAUGUUACUAUGGCAAAAUCAAAGUAAAAACUUGUCAUUUCUUGAUAUAUAUAUGUUUAGAAUCUACAAGUCUACCCAUGGCAGAAUUUUUAUAAAACACAGAACGGAUUUAAGUGGAGUUAACUAAAACAUUCUAUAAAUGAUAACCUUAUUCUGAGUUGCCAUGUUAGUUUUUAACCCACGCUGCACUAUAUCUCUAAAUUUUAGGUUGCUUUGUAUAUAAAAUGAAGGUUUAAUGAAUAGAAUCAAAGACAUUGAGGACCUUAGAUAACUGGUCUAACGGCGCUUCCCCCCUUUUGGCGGAAAUAGACCCAGAAAGAUUGACCUACCCAAGGACACAAGGCUGGUUGCCAUUCUGUCUCUAAAGGCUAAAGGUGACAAAGAGAUACUGAUUCGUUCAAUCUAUUAAUGUAUUUAAACCUAUUUCGGAAUUGACAGAACUGAUAGACUCUCCUGAAACCUCCAAUACACAUCUCAAAAUGAUUAGGACAAUCAUCAAACAAGGUUAUGUGUUAUGUCUGAAAGUAGGUUUUCCUAGGCAAAGGAAAAGGAAAGAAUAAUACUUGGCUAAAUUUUAUAAUUUUUAAAUGAUUACUAACCACUUGUUAUAAAAAUCACCUGUUUUAUUUUUAUAUCAGUUUGAUAAGUGAAUGUUAAACCAACCUGAUUAAAAAAGUGAAAAAUAAUGAAUGCUUUUAAAAAGAUAAACCAAACAAUGGUGUCUUUUGUUAUAAAUUGGAUUUCUGUGGCUGUACUAGGUAUUGCCAAGUAAUAAACAUUUUGCUAUUCAACUCCAAAUCUGUCAGUAGCAUUACUUUUAAAGGAAAUGUUACAGCUUUUAUAUUAUUUGAUUUGGUAUUUAAUAACAGUUUUAAGUACAAUAGCAAACAUUGAAAGAGAACCCUUAGUAGAAAAGAAAAAGACAAUUUAAAAUCAGGUUUUGUUAAAGGGUGUUGUAAGUGCAACUUCAUCCAUAAGCAUUCCUUUUAAGGCAUUUUCAUUGUCCAAAUAUUUCAACAUGUACAUCAAGGUUUAUAUUAUAAAAUGGGUUCCUUUUGUAUUCAAUCAAGGCUUAAAGAAAAAAAUACAUCUCAGGACUAAGUGUAGCAGAAAAGAAAAACAAAUCACCACUUUUCUCAUAAGUAACUUAAAAUACAAAAGUCUUUUAGCAUACAUUACUCCUCACUGUAAUUACAGAUUUGGUACAAUAUCCUUUUCACUUUCUGACAUAAACUGUUAAGAAAAUACAGGCUGUAGUAUUUCAUUUGUGAGGUGGCUGCAAUUCUGUAAUAUGCACAGUGAUUUUUAAAAUAGGCUGUUACUAUGCAUUGCAUGAAAGGUGCUACAUAUAAACCUGUUUCAUGAACUCUUCGGUAACCACCAGUUCAAAAACUUGGACCAAACAUUUCCACAUGGCCAGAUCUGAAGCACUUACUGGAGCUCUGGACCGAAGCUCUUACCCUGUAUAUUGAAUUCUUCAGUUUUCUAGGGGGGUCGGGUGUAGAUUCACAAUAGAAACAAAUAAUGAAUAGCAUGUCAGGCCCCAGUCAGAAAAGUGGUCCCGGUUACUUUCUAGUUGGCCAUACUGUUUUGUUUGGCAGAAGUAGUUUAAGGGAAAAGUGACUUCCUACUAAGUUUGCUUCUGAUGGUACCUUUUGGAGAAAGUAAAAUAUUCAUGUGGUUAUUAUCUAGUCCUUUACUUGCAAUGGUAUGAAAAAGGUGAUGAAUAUAUUCCCACUUUUGCAGUUUCAGGUGUUCCCUUGGUUGUUUCUAACUGGGCUUUCUCAGGGUAAGCCUACUCAGAUUUAGUACUUUAUAGGCUGCUCUUAAGCAUUUUCUACUUGAAGCAAUAAUGCGCUGCUUAAGUUAGCAGAUUCCUUGUUUUAGAAUAUUAGUGUCCUGGAGAGGCCAAGCUGUGAUAAUUCACCUUCAAUGGGCCACCUCCUACUCAUUAAAUGUCAGCUUUCAGAAACUGUCCUGGGAUGUGUCCUAGUUGUGCAAAUUAGAAGCUACUUAAUACAAAUGUAAGUUACCCACUUUUAGCUAAAACAUAAUUUCUAUAUUUACUUUCCACUUACCACCUAAAAAUGAAUUUACAUUUUUUUACAUGUAAAUGUCGCUACACUGCCACAAUGCCCAUUAUCAAUUUGAUAUUUGAAUCUAGGGAGUCAUGAUGGAGAAAGAUUUUUCCAAGUCUAGAGAACAGAUUUUAAAUAUGUCUGUUGUGCAAUAUUUGUAUUUUAGUAAGAAUCCUUUGUAUUUACAUUACAUAGCACCUUUGAUCCAAGAGUUUAAAAGUGGUUUAACUUUACAGCAUUAUUUGGUGGCAAAAUCUAGUUAAUGGUGGCAUUAAGUUGGUAAGUCCAAGUUCGUUAACUUCCACUUGAAUUUCUGGUAAACUAUACGUUCUGCUUUUAAUGUUUUUUUUUUGAAAGUAGACCAUGAACACAACACUGCUACUGGCCUACCAAAAAAGUGUGUGUGUGUGUGUUGUGUGUGUGUGUGUGAGAGAGAGAGAGAGAGAAAGAGAGAGAGAGAGAGAGAGAGAGAGAGAGAGCAGAAGAGACACACUUCUCAUAGGAGCUAGGUUAGUGAUGAAACACAUAGUUCAUAAGCCACACACUGUGGAAUAUGGAAUUAUUCCAAAAAGAUUUUUACGGGUGGUAAUGAGAGCCUAAGAAGUACACUGUUAAAAUAAAAAAGUCAGUAUCUUUCUCAUUUCAAACUUCAAGAUUAUUUUGAUAUUUAUGUUAAAUAAUGAAUUUGCAUUCAGAGGUAUCAAUGCAUUUUUGGAUUUCAUAAGAAAAUAAAACUGUGAUAUAAAAUUGGAACUACAAAAAAAUUGAUGUUUCCCUGGGUUAACUAAAUCUACUUUUUGUGCUUCUUUUAAAUGUUAAAGAUAACAAAUGCAUACAAAUGUUUCAAAAGUACCAAUAAUAGUUACCAACUUUAAUGUAAUAUUAUAAAGGACAAAAACAGAAAAAUUCUUAUUAAUAAGUGAUAACCUUAAUAAUAAGUGAGUUCCUGGCAAAAUGUAGAUCACAGUAAAUUAUUUACAUUAUUUUUUGCCAUAAGAAAACUUCUUAAGCAACAGUUAGCUCUCAAGUUAAAAAAAACAAACACAAGUAUAUAACCUAAUACUAAAGAAGGGAAAUGAGUCAAAAUACAACAGCUUUUUCUUGGGAAUGCCAGUUGCUGGAAAAUCACCUUAUUAAAAAAAAGUUUCAGAAAACCUCUUAACUUGGAUCCACAUGUGAAUGCUUAAGUGUUGCUUAAUGGGGAAUAUGGAAAGAUUAAUAUUACUGAAAAUUUUUUGUAACUCCUAUCAUGGAUUUUUCAGAUUUAUCUAAUAAACUGAAUUUCUUUUGCAGUGCAUCAAAACAAUUGGCUUAAAAAAAAAAAAAAAAAA